AUGAAGGCUAAGGUCGGUAUCAACGGUUUCGGUCGUAUUGGACGUCUUGUGCUCCGUGCUGCGGUUGCCUUAAACACCGUCGAUGUUGUUGCCAUCAAUGACCCCUUCAUUGACCUAGAAUACAUGGUCUACAUGUUCAAAUAUGAUUCUACCCAUGGUAAAUUCCCGGGUGUUGUCAAGGUAGAAGGUGGCCAGCUCGUCAUUGACAACCACAAAAUUACCGUUUUCUGUGAAAUGGAUGCUAAGAACAUUAAAUGGUCCUCAACUGGUGCUGAAUACAUCGUUGAAUCAACUGGUAUCAACACUACCAUUGAAAAGGCUUCUGCUCACAUGGCAGGAGGUGCAAAGAAGGUUAUCAUCUCCGCCCCUUCUGCUGAUGCCCCCAUGUUUGUCGUUGGUGUCAACCAUGAGAAGUAUGAGAAGUCCAUGAACAUCGUCUCCAACGCUUCAUGCACAACCAACUGCUUGGCUCCUCUUGCCAAGGUUAUCAAUGAUAACUUCGGCAUUGUUGAGGGUCUUAUGACCACAGUCCACUCCUACACCGCUACCCAAAAGGUUGUUGAUGGACCCUCACGCAAGGCAUGGCGUGAUGGACGCACUGCUGCUCAGAACAUCAUCCCAGCUAGCACUGGUGCCGCAAAAGCUGUCGGCAAGGUCAUUCCUGAGCUCAAUGGAAAGCUCACUGGUAUGGCUUUCCGUGUGCCAACCCCCAACGUCUCUGUUGUUGACCUGACUUGCAAGCUUGGAAAGCCUGCCACCUACGAGCAAAUCAAGGCGUGCGUUAAGAAGGCUUCUGAGUCAGCAGCCCUCAAGGGUAUCCUGGAAUACACAGAAGAGCAAGUUGUCAGCUCUGAUUUCUGCUCCACUCCCUGCUCUUCUACCUUCGAUGCUGGUGCUGGUAUUUCUCUCAAUGACACCUUCGUUAAGCUCGUCGCUUGGUACGAUAACGAAUGCGGUUACAGUAACCGUGUAGUUGACCUUAUCGCUCACAUGUUCAAGGUGGACAAUAAGUAA